CGACUCAUGCAUUCACAAAUGUGGUCCUGUUUACUUCAUCAGCAGCUCAUUUGCAAUACACAGGCAAAUACACCCUAGCAGUACUGUAAAAGGAUGGAUGCUGUCAAUGUUGUUAAAUGUGUGUGUCUGUGUGCAGGACAUAUUCAAUGCCUUCAUAAAGCAGAACCCAGUACUGGUGCACCAGCUCCCCUGCUUCUGGAACGUUCAGCUGUCUGAUCACACACGCUCUGAGCAGUGCUACACCGAGGUGUCUGACCUCAAGGUGAUCCACUGGAACUCUCCUAAGAAGCUCCGUGUGAAGAACAAACACGUGGAGUUUUUCAGGAACCUCUACCUGACCUUCUUAGAGUAUGAUGGAAACCUGCUGAGACGGGAAUUAUUUGGCUGUCCAAGUCAGGCCAGUCCAGAGAGCGUCCAGCUGCAAAAAGCUCUGGAGGAGCUGGAUGAGGAUGAUCAGUGUUACGACUUCCGCCGAGAACGAUUGACAGUGCACCGAGUUCACCUCUAUUUCCUGCAGUACGACUACACACCCACUGAGGACAACACUGACAUCACUCUGGUGGCCCAGCUCUCGAUGGACAGGUUGCAGAUGCUGGAGGCCAUCUGUAAGCACUGGGAAGGCCCCAUCAGCCUAGCUCUCUACAUGUCUGACGCUGAGGCUCAACAGUUCCUGCGCUACGCCCAGGCCUCUGAGGUCCUCAAGAACCGCAAGAAUGUUGGCUACCACAUUGUCUACAAGGAGGGCCAGUUCUACCCAGUCAACCUGGUGAGGAACGUGGCCCUGAAGAAUGCCAACACACCCUAUGUGUUCCUGACUGAUGUGGACUUCCUGCCAAUGUACGGUCUCUAUGAUUACCUGAGAAAGUCUGUGGUGCAGCUGGACAUGGCUCACACAAAGAAGGCUCUGGUGGUUCCAGCUUUCGAGACUCUUCGCUACCGUCUGUCCUUCCCCAAAUCCAAAGCCGAGCUGCUCUCCAUGCUGGACAUGGGGACACUCUACACCUUCAGGUAUCAUGUGUGGCCAAAGGGUCACGCUCCUACCAACUAUGCUAAAUGGCGAACAGCCACCACAUCUUAUAAGGUGGAAUGGGAGCCAGACUUUGAGCCGUAUGUUGUGGUGAGAAGAGACUGUCCUGAGUACGACCAGCGUUUUGUGGGCUUUGGCUGGAACAAGGUGUCCCAUAUAAUGGAGCUGGAUGCACAGGAGUAUGACUUGAUGGUCCUCCCAAAUGCUUUCAUGAUCCACAUGCCCCAUGCUCCCAGCUUUGACAUCUCCAAAUUUCGCUCCAGCUCCAGCUACCGCAACUGUCUGAACACCCUGAAGGAUGAGUUCCACCAGGAUCUGUCCCGGAAGUAUGGCUCUGCAGCUCUCAAGUACCUCACCGCCCAGAGGAACAUCUAAAAAUUAGACCUGUUAGGAGCGACUCUGUUAGCCUGGAAAGUUCCGACACAUACUGAUGCUGGAGGUGGAAGUGUAUCGUUGCAGAGUGCGGACAUAACGGUAAAGCUUUACAGCCCUUUUGAGCAUCCCCGGGCUCCUGUGCAUUAAUUCUGCAACUCAGAGUGACUGAGGACAAGAUGCAGAGACGAAAACCAAAACCGGACGGCACAGAUGCAGAUUUUUUUUUAAACACAGGCUCUGAAAAAGCUGAAAGGGACAAUAGAUGAGAGUGGAAACUGAUGGGACUAGCUUUAAGGCGAGGAAAUAACAACCAUAUUCUUACAAUUUGUUCUGACAAUCAGGGCUUUUUCAAGAAGACACACAAUGAACCAUUCGGUCUACAUGGAUAUUUGGAUAUUGGUCACGUGGGGCAAAACUUUAAAAGCGAAGAUGACAUUAGAAUCAUAUUUGGGAGGCCGGUCGAACUACAGAAAGAUUUAAGCCUUAUCACUUUCCUGAUAUUUACUAAGAUAUUUAAUAUUUUAUUUUCUUCUUUUUUUCCAGUGCAAAUCGGAACCAAUGAUAGUGAACAUUUGCAUUUACAAUGUUUUGAUUAUGGCUUUACACAAGAAUAUUUUUUUUUCUUUCUAUAUUUUCUGACCUCUUUAAAAGAAAUCCAUCAUGUCCUGAUCAAAUGAUUUCAGUUUAUUUUUUUCUGUGGGCUUCAGGGAUGAGCUGUGUGUGUGCGUGUGUGUGUGUGUUCCAGCUGCAUCAGUGGGCACGUCUUUAACAUGCUUACUGCUUGUUGUCAGCAUCAUGCUUGCUUCUGUCUUGCAUGUAAAAAGUUGCACAACAUGUUCUUUUCAUGUUAGAAAAAUAUGCAUUUUUCUCAAAAUCAUCCAUCCCAUCGGAAACAGAAGAAAUCUAUUAUUGAUGAGACCUGUCAUUAUCAAUUGGGACCAACUCACAAGACCAACACUGACACUUAAUAGUGAGUGAUUAAAAGCUAUUAGCUCUGAAAUGAGAUUGCAGCAAAGCAGGAGCUUCUUUUCUUGUGUUUGUGCCAUUGCAUUUAUAAUAUGUCUGAUUCACUGGAUUAUAUGUGCCAUCUACUGUAUUGUUUUACCCACUAUUCUCUUGUUUCUGUAAAGUCCAGCUGAAAUGACAAAAUUCAUAUCUUUCUGCAGUCAAAGUUCUGAUUAUUAUUUUUUGUAUUAAGUAUAAGAAAUGCCUGCAGAUUGGAGUCUGUUUUCAAAUUAUUUUGAUGCAGGUAGAGUCACAGUCUAAUCAAUUAUCACAGAAAAAAAACAGCUUUUUGAAGAAUUCACUAUCCCAACGUCCUUUUGUGUUUGUACCUUCAUCUGGGAUGCACUCAAACAAUCGCUUCUUCUUACUUUAGCUUAUAAGCAAAGCACACAGUGAACUGACAUAUUUUUCAAGGUAAUUUUUUUAGCUAAACAGCUGACAGACUAACUCAAAUGACAACACAGGGUGUGCUUGAAUUUAGUUUUUUGUAAAAGAGCAAACACAAUUUAAUGAUGGAAAAAAGGAAACACUCAAAUUAUUUUGUCAUUGUAGUGUUCCUUUGUCUCAUUGAUAUGAUAUCAACCAAGGCCUCAGUUACACAGGCCUAGAGACCCAUCAGUGACCCCUGCCACUGCUCACCAGGGCAAAGUGUGUUCCCUGAGCAGUUGGUGAGUGGUGCUGGUGCUGGCUGUUGGUAGGUGAAACUGGAGAAGAGGGUGGUCCACUAGAAACCUCCAUGUGGUCACACACAGUUUUCAUGUAAGAUGCUAAGUUGUCUGCAAACACUAGCUAACUAAACACUGAGUGGUAGUGAAACUUGACAAAGUGCAAUGCAAACCGCCUUCAGAGUGAAAGUUUUUCCUUCCAUUGAAACCAACACCUUGUAAAAGAUGCAACUUUUACUUUAAAGGCAAAUGGUCUCCAUUUGAGGUUUGCAUCACACUCCUCACAGUUUCUCUACCACUUAAUGAGUAGUUGGUCAGUAUUUCCUGACAACUUGGUGUCUUUCAUAUAAACUACAGGUGACCGUGGCAAUUUGCUGGCAACCAAAGGAAUCACAAGGAUGUUUUCAGUGCAGCACUGUGUACCUCUUUGUGACCAGUUUCACCUAGUGACAGCAGUCAGCCUUCAGCAACCAUUUACCAACCAGUAGGGAAAUACUAAUUCUUCCCUAGUGACAAGUGGUUGCUAGGCAAUUGCCAACCAAUCUAUAGGCUUGUGUGACUGGGGCCUAAUUAAUUACAUACUGAAAUCAACAUUUGUCCUAUUUGAAUGGAAGGCCCUAUAUGUCAGCCAAAAAAAGUUGAGUUCAAAACUCAAAAUGAUGCCACGAAAGGCAAGAUUGGAUUAUUCUCUUCUCUGUUUUAUCUUUGAUUUGCAUUAAAAAAAAAAGUUCUGUACUUUGAGGCUUCACAAAUCUGUGGCAAGUCCAGCUGCUUAUAUUUUUUUUCAGUGAAACACAUUUUCUUUGCAGUUUGCUCAGGUGUGUUUGUAUGGGAUUUAUCAAAAUCAGCAAUAGAAAGUGCUUUAGAGAAAUACGUAAUACACACACACACACACACACACACACACACACACACACACAAUUAUACAGUUAUUUAGGCAGGGGGAAAAUUGAAAAAGAAAUCCUACAUCCAAGGAUAAAUUAUUAAAACAGCUGAUGUAUAAAUUAUAACACACUCAAAUGCAGCAUCAAGAAUGAACUACAGUUUAAUAUUAAAACAAUCUAAAUAUUUUAAUAAAGAAAAUCAUAAGAAAGUUGUAAGAAAACUCAUAGGAAAGCCCACAAGCAGCAAUAUCACAUUUAGUCUUGAAAUGUGUGAUGGGAAAAGUUAGCAGCUUCCUGCCCGAGGAGGCCAGGAUGUAGAAAUGUUUGCCGACAUCUUGUGCUGGUGGUUUGUAAGCAGUCUUUUUUCAGUAAGGACCUGCGGGGUGAUGCGAAGGUCUUGCGGCUCUGCUCUUGAUGCCAAGACAAGAGUACAACCAGUGUAGGGGGAAAAUAUUUGGUAUGGAUCAAACUGCAUAACUUGGUUACAAAUCAGUUACCUUGAAAUCCAUACGAAUACAGCGAGGGUCCAAGACAGUAACGUCAUUGCCAGCUAAAUGAAGUUGUGCACUCACAGGAGGACGGGCACCCUGGUCACUAUUAUGCAGACUCUGGUUGGCUUUUUACUUUUUUAAAGUGGGGAGAAGUGAUGAAGCAUCCACCAUCUGUAUAUACAGUCUGUGAACAGAUCCAGGAGCACACAUACUGGAAUGGAGAAAUACAGAAUUCUUCCCUUUCAUUAAAGCUGCAGUUUACAGAACUGAUCUGCACACUGCAGUGAAAUGAUUUAUUUCAGUUGGACUUUAUUCAUCAUGAUUUACUUAUUUUUAUGUGUUUGUUCUGUCCAACAUUUCCAAUCAGCGUAAUAUUACAAAAUAAAUGACCUAUUGGUCAUGUUGCUAUGACAUGUAGCAUUAGUCAUAGAAGGAUCAUUUCUACUGAUUUUUAGUUGUUUUGAAUGUUUUGAAUGAUUAUGUUCAGAUGCAUCCAUGUUUCAGUUUAUGUUCAAGCUGCCCACAGGUUGAUCGUGACGUUUGCAUCCUUCCCUGCAGCACAGGAGAACCGAAAAAUAUCAGGAUGCGCCGUUACAGCUUGUAGCAGCAUCAUGCUUUAGUUUUGUUUGAUCAUUCUCUCUACUUUGCAAAUCUUUUUUUUUUUUUUUUUGUCAUCUCAACCUGCAUUUAGAGGGAGCAAAAAGGCAAGCAGAAAAGACUUCAAACGGAUCUUGUGUAAUUUCCACUACAAAUACGGCAAAAAUAGGAGUUGGGUGCUAAACAUGGGAUCAUAAGCAAUCGUGGAUGUGACAGCUGUUUGGUGAAGACCGAGAGCAAACGGUGCCACGAAGAGCCCUGCUUCCUACCCGCUGCCACCCACACCACCUCUAUUGCCGUGUUGUUGAUUGUGGUAAAUGCUAGUGCCUUUGCUGUAUUGUGAAACUGGAUAUUGAUUGUACUGUUGUACUGACAGGGCCUGGGGAUAGUCAGGCGCUCUAUUUAUUAUUGUUGACUCAAAUCGAUCAUAUUUUUCUAUGUAAGUGCUUUAAAUAAAUUUGCCCUUUUUUUUAAUCA